AUGCACAAACUCAGAACCGCAGUUCAGCGGGGGAGCAGAAAGCCAAAGCUACCUCCUAAAUCAGCACGCGUGUUCACGCCGUCCAACGCGCUGGUGGGGCUGCGGCUGAAGCUGCGCUGCACGCCCGGGGACGGGGAGCAGCGCUACGGGCCCGCUCGGGAGGUGGAGAGCAGCGGCCCCGUGGAGGCCGGGCCUGGCGCCUGCACUUUCGACAACCGGCACCUCUACACCAAGAAGGUCUGCGGGCAGGGCUCGGUCCGCGCCGUGUCCUACAACAUCCUGGCCGACACCUACGCCCAGACGGAAUUCUCCCGCACCGUGCUCUACCCCUACUGCGCUCCCUACGCCCUGGAGAUCGACUACCGCCAGAACCUGCUCAAGAAGGAGCUGGCGGGAUACAGCGCCGACAUCAUCUGCCUGCAAGAGGUGGAUAAGUCUGUCUUCGUGGACAGCUUGGCCCCGGCCCUGGAUGCUUUUGGACUCGAAGGGCUGUUCAAGAUUAAGGAGAAGCAGCACGAAGGCCUGGCCACCUUCUAUCGCAGGGACAAGUUCAGCCUCCUCAGCCAGCACGACAUCGCGUUCAGCGAAGCCCUGCUCUCGGAGCCGCUGCACAAGGAGCUGUGCGAUCAGCUGGCCAAGUACCCCCUGGUGCAGGAGAAGGUGCUGCAGAGGUCGUCUGUGCUGCAGGUUUCGGUUCUUCAGUCUACAACUGAUCCUUCCAGGAAGCUUUGUGUAGCAAAUACCCACCUAUACUGGCACCCCAAAGGUGGGAACAUCCGGCUCAUCCAAAUUGCUGUAGCCUUGUCCCACAUCAAGCACGUGGCCCAUGACCUGUAUCCCAGUAUCCCAGUCAUAUUCUGUGGAGAUUUUAAUAGCACACCAUCCUCAGGAACUUACAGCUUUAUCAGCAGCGGUGUCAUUGCAGAAGAUCACGAGGACUGGGUCUCCAAUGGGGAAGAAGAAAGGUGCAGUAUGGCUCUGAGCCACCCUUUCAAACUGCUGAGUGCUUGUGGGGAACCUGCUUAUACAAACUAUGUUGGUGGCUUUCAUGGAUGCCUGGACUACAUUUUCAUUGACAAAAACGCUCUAGAGGUUGAACAAGUCAUUCCAUUGCCAACUCAUGAAGAAGUAACAACCCACCAGGCUUUGCCAAGUGUUUCACAUCCUUCUGAUCAUAUAGCACUAAUAUGUGACUUAAAGUGGAAAUAGAGCAGCUCUGGCAUGGUGCUUUUGAGGGUUUUCAAACCAGAAAUUUAGUGUAUUGCUGGGGAACUGAGGUUACACCCUGAUUUGUAUGCUACUAAAAGGAAAGCCAAAACUAUUACUGAAAAGUUCAUGUGUUUAAUGGUUCUACCGAAUAUUAUCACACCAUUCAGAAUAUCUGCAUGAUAAGUUUCCCCUUUUUUUAUACGCUAAUGGGAAAAAUAUAUUUAAGACAUGGUUUUGAAAAUUGGAUUAUCAUAUACCUUUUUAUUGGUGUUUCUAAAGGAUUAAGAAUUAUUUUAUUAAAAACAUAGAAAUUUAAUCUGAUUUGUAAUACAGUGUACCAAUUGAACCCUGUUUAAUUCAGAACCACGCACAGAACCCAAACCCAAAUGGAUUUAGUUAAUUCAACCUCACUGUAAUUUUUAAAAAAUGACAAUUUUUAAAAAAUAAGUUCAGAAAUUGUCUCGUUCACUUACCAUUACUGUAUCCCAACUUUUUAGUAAAUGGCAUGAACAAAUGCACCUAAUACCUUCUGAAAAUGUGUUCUUAAUUUUCAGUGAAUAGACUUUCUGACAAUGAUCAACCAUGUUAAAUUCAAGUUUAUAAUUGAUAUGGAAGCAUUUUGCUUGCCCAUGUAACGUGGGUACUGAGGGUAAAAUUAGCACUCAGUGAAACUGGACUACAUGUAGAGGUGGCAUCUACUUGGAACAUCUCUUCCUUCUGUUGUUUUGAGUCAUUGGCAAGAAAAGAAAUACUAGAGUUUAGGACAACCAGCUUUGGAUGGGAGGGAGCUUUUCAUCACUAUCAUCUGUUUCCAGAGGAGUUAGUGUGGUGCAUUAGCUGUCUGUGCCUAAAUCUUGAAAAAGAAACAAAAGUGACUUGCAAACCUUUAACACAACGGUUCUAUUUUGCUCCUCUCUUGCAUACAAAGACAGCCUGAAUUUUUAAGUGUUAUUACCUGCAUUUUUUCCUUCUAGAAAUAGCCUAGUUUUCCUUAUUUUGUAGGAGAUAAUUUGGAUGUGAGAAAAUGUAUUUAUCCAUACCUUCAUUGAAUUUGUUGGAGAGGGUUGAAUCAUUUACCAGGCUUCUUGCUUUGCAUCAUUAGCACAUAAGUAACAAAGGGCAUUUGGAAACCAUUUCACUAGAUCUUCCUCUUUCACCAAUAAAGCUCCCUGUGUCGAUUGUCUCUCA